AGCAGGAAUGAAAGUGAAAUUAGUGAACGGAGGUAGGCGGUUCUCCGCCCGUUUACUUCUCACCUGGGCGUUGUCUCUUUGAGAACAAAUAUCACUUUCCAUUUCAAUACGUGAUCAUGGGUGACAAUUCCAUGAGGUUAGAGAAUUAUGAAGUGCUUAAAGCUCUCUACGAUUUCAAGGCUACAUUCGCAAAAACCCUCAGCUUUCAAGAGGGCGAUUAUUUUAUUUUAUAUCAGAGCAAUACUAAACAAAGAAAUUGGUGGCAGGUCGUUAAUAAGGACGGUCAAAUUGGAUAUAUCCCCUCGAAUUACGUCACCACUGUAAAGGUUCCAUCUCAAGUAUUGAUUGAAUUUCUAGAAGAUUGUAUAGAAAAUGUGAAAACUGAAACUAAAAAACAGACUGGAUUGCAUUUAGAUAAGCAAGAUCUUCUUUUGAGAUUAAUAGAAAAAAAGAGACAAGCAGAAACUAACAAGAAACCUAAGAAACAAGCUCCAAUGCCUCCUGAUUUUGGAAACACAACACCUAAAGAAAUAUGUUCAUCGCUUGUUUGUAAUACUCAAGAUGGAGAUAUUAGUACUGUUCAGAGUAAUACUUCAUAUAUGACAGCACAAACAACUAUGCAUACUAAUAUAGGGAAAGAAGAAGCACCAGUUGUUCCACAAUGUCAACGUACAUCUAUAAAUGAUCAAAGGGUACAAUCUCUUUCACGUCAAUCUUCUUCUGAGACACAAAAAAUUCAAACAGAAAUUCGUAAAAGUCCUUCUCAGAGUAAUUCUCAACAUACCCCCAUUAGUUCACCUAUAAAGAAAAAAACUUCAUUAUGUGAUAUUAACUCUCAUACUGCUUAUCAAUUACUUGACCAAGUACGUAGGAAUACUCAAUUAAGUUAUGAAAUGUCAAAAGUAGCAGUAACAGUAGUUGUUUCUGGCCUGCAACAAUUGUUGCCUCAAAAUGUGAGCCAUUAUUUUGAUGCAUUAUUGCAUCAAUUAGAAACACCAUUUACUGUAUCACAAAUGAGCAUAGAAGAAACAUAUGAUGCUAAUAGAUUGAAAGUGAUUUUUACAGAGCUUACUUCUUGUAAAGAAGAUUCUCAACAGAGAAAUUGGAUGCUUUAUGAAGAUGAAUCUAUUAUUGUUGAUUAUAUAAAGGAACUUACUUCUAUAUUGACCAAUGCAGAUGCAAAUGUAUCUAGAUAUGUUUUACAGCAGAAUCAAUAUAAUGGAGUUAAUAUAUUGAUACAAUAUUAUCAAAUGGAGCCAAGAUGGACUAUUAGACAAUUACUCUUGCAAUCAUUUGGAGUAAUGUGUAGUUUAGAUUCUGUUAUCUUAACUAUAAUGUUAAAUAGUAUAUUACCUAUGGAAUUAGCAAGAGAUAUGAGGAGUAAUUCCAGAAAUGUAACAAAAUUAAAUUAUUCUUCAUUAUUACUUACUAUGAUUUUUUCAAUGGGUGAACCUAUGCCAGUUACACAUUUGGAGCAAUUAGGUCCGGAUUUUAUAACAUUUAUUUUGGAUUUAAUAGAAAAUCCUCCUGAUAUGGACUUGGAAGAUCAAAUUCCGGAUUUGUUUGUAAAUUUAAUAUUAUCAUACAAUUUACAAUUCACUAACUCAGAAAAUAUAGUUUUGAAUGCGUUAAAGGAAAGAACAGUGGCAAAAAAUUUUACUGAAAAAAUCUUACUUUUAUUUAAUAGAGAAGAGGAUCCUGUGCGAAUAUUCGAUCAUGAACCGUCGCCACCUCAUUCUGUACUAAAACUAUUUAUCGACCUAUUCAGCAACGAUGUCACAGCAGGCCUCUUCUAUACAAAUGACGUAUUUGUUUUAAUCGAUAUUAUAUUACGUCAAUUAUACGAUAUGUUUCCCGGUGAUAAGCGUAGACAAUAUUUGGAAUUAUGUCGAAGAGUAUUACGUACUUCGAGCUAUAAUGAACAUAAAUAUCGUUCAGAAGAUCUCUUGAAAUGCUUUACAAGAAUAUUCUGUGAAGAAACUGGAGAGAGUCAAGAAGAUCAACAAUCGGUGCGUGAAAUUAGCAAUGAAUUUCCACAUUUGUUUAAAAUGUGACCUUUAUCAUCGCCCUCCGACAAUAAAAACUUGGAGGAUGAUGAUUUGCAAACUCUUGUAUAAGGUUCCGGUACGUACAAUGACGAAGAAUGACGAAGAAUCAAGUUACCGAUCAAAAAAUUUCUUUAUUUUUCUAAUACUAUUUUGCAAAUAUUUUGCUCAGCCAAUAAUAUAUCAAAGACGCACACACAAUUCGCAGAACUUCAAGUGCAUGAAAUUAUAUUUUUCCCGUUUUAAUCUUUCUAGUAAACAUUACUAUUUAUUCUGAUUAAAAAAGGAAAAUACAGAGAAGAUAAAAAAUAUAUAAAUCAACAUUACAUUACAAUUUAAAAAUCGUUGUAUAUAUAUAUAUGUAUAUGUAAAAGAAGAACGUUUAUCAUUUUAAGCAUGUGAGGACCAUUGGAAGUAUAUAGAAUCAUUCCAAGUACCCUGAUAGAGAUAAAUAUAAAUUAGUAUAUAUGAAGUAAGGUAGCUCAACUGCACGAAUAAAAUUAAUGAAAUAUUGGAAUUAUUGCUCUGAUAUAAUAUUAAAAAAAAUUUAAAACAUAGUUGAAAUUAUUAAUAAAAGUUCUCUAUGAAAAUUCUUUGUGAAAAGAAAAAAUUUUAGUCCUAAUUGAACUAGUUAUAAUCUCUUAUAUCUGAUUGUAUAGUCUAGUCCACAUUUAUGCGAGUAAUAUUCUAAGUCAUACAUUAUUUUCUAAUGUAUUUGAUUCUCUCUCAUGAUGCAUUAACAUAUAUAUUCUAAUAAUAUAUUCUAUUAAAAAUAUAAAUUUGUUUAGCGAAUGCUCCUUCGCAAUUAGAGAACUUCAAAGAUUCCAAGAACAAAUUUACAGUAAAACUUUAUAGUUUAUUAGUGCCACUAUUAUAGUUAUUCUAGUCUAUUGUUAGCAACUCUAUUUUUUUAAAAAUAUUAUACUAUGUUACGUUUAUGACUAUUGACAUGUCAAUUAUGAAGAAAUCUCAAAUUAUUGUGAUUAUAAAUCAAAUGUUAAAAUAAAUAAAAAGUUUAGGCAAUCAA